AAUUGCUUCAGAUCAAUAAUUUGGUUGCUAUAAUUGACUGCAAUGCAACCCUCAAUUUUGUGUUCUUAUUUCCACGUGUGGUAGUAUUUCUUCAGCAGAUCCAAAACCCCAAAUUGGCAAAUUCUGUCUCUUACCCAAAAUGCUAUGCCAUCUGAUCUUGUCAGCUACCAUUUUGUUUGCAGCAAUACAAUAUCGGACAUUUGCCUAUGAAGAUCCUCGUGCCUAUACUUGCAAUGCUGCCAAUACCUACACACCCAACUCUUCUUUCUCCACCAAUCUCAAAGAAGCACUAGACAUUCUUCAAGAUAAUACCGCUGCCACUGGCUUUAGUACCAUCACCAUACCUAGCAAAACCAACCCUGUCACCGGCCUAGCCCUCUGCCGUGCCACCUUGUCUCCCACAGAUUGCCAGGAGUGCGUAGCUGCCGCUGUGUUAGGCAUUCGCGUCGUCUGCUCCAAUCAGACAGCAGCUCAGGUUUGGUACACAUAUUGCAUGCUCCGGUACUCCGCCACCAACUUCAUUAACAAGACUGAUGACUCCAACGCCUUCAUCUUGUAUGACACCAGAGUUAUUCCGUAUUCAUAUUAUCCGACCAUUGAUGUCUUUUUGCAGAACCUGUCCUCCACUGCAGGCAUGUCAGAGAAGAGAUACGCGAUUGCUCAAACAAAGGAACCUGAUAAUCAUCCGGUUUACGGCUACAUGGAUUGCACCAGAGAUGUUGAUGGAGAGAGCUGCAGGAGGUGUUUGUUAACAGCAAUUGGUCGCGUAGAUGGUUGCUGCUUAGGGAAGUGGGCUGCUUGGGUUGCUACCCCAACUUGUAACAUUCAGUUUCACAUGGAACCAGUCCACAAGGACUGGGAAACAGCCCCGUUUAUACAAACAUUCUUAUCUCCAGCACCACCACCAGAAAUUCCAGCAACACCCCCACCUGAAAUUUCAGCAACCACCCCACCUGCUGGAAGAAGGAGCCCGGUGGUGCUCGGGGUUUCGGUUGCUGUUUUUGGGGUGUUCGUGGUGGUUGCUGGGUUGUGGUUUCUGAGUAAGAGAAGGAAUAUUUUACCUGUCAUUAUGAAAGGGAGGUGGUGGGUUGCAGGGGAAGGUGAGAGGGAUACUGAGAAAAGGGAGGAAAUUGAAACGAGAAAGUUUUUGUUUGAUUUGGAUGCUUUGGUAACUGCAACUGAUAACUUCUCAGAGGCAAACUUGCUUGGAAGUGGAGGAUUUGGCUCUGUCUAUAAGGGGACACUGCCUAGUGGGGAAAGGAUAGCAGUAAAGAAAUUGGCAGCCAAUUCAAUGCAAGGAACAGAAGAAUUCUCAAAUGAAGUCAGAGUACUGUUGAAAAUGCAGCACAGAAAUCUUGUACAAUUGCUAGGAUGCUGCAUCCAUGGAGAAGAAAGGAUGUUGGUUUAUGAACAUCUCCCCAACAAGAGCCUUGACUAUUUCCUCUUUGAUAAAAGCAAGAGUGCCAUACUUGACUGGCAAAAGAGACACGAAAUUAUAUUGGGUGUAGCUCGUGGUUUGGUGUAUUUGCAUCAAGAUGCGGUGCUUAAAAUCAUACAUAGAGACAUCAAAGCUAGCAACAUCUUGCUUGAUGAAGGGAUGGCUCCAAAAAUAUCAGAUUUUGGUUUGGCAAAACUUUUCAAAGAUGAACAAAGUCAUUUAAGGACCCACCGAAUUGUUGGCACAUUUAGUUACAUGGCUGCCGAGUAUGCUAUUAGAGGUUUCUUGUCAUUUAAGAAUGAUGUCUUCAGCUUUGGAGUAUUGUUACUAGAAAUCAUCAGUGGAAGAAGAAAUCACGACUUGCAAUUUGAUCCUAACAUGCAAGAGCUCCUAAAGCUUGCAUGGAGAUUGGAACAGGAAGGGAGGCUGAUAGAAUUAGUGGAUGAGACUAUAGGUUUUUUUCCUCAAGAAUUGGCACUAAGGUAUUUGCGAAUUGGGUUGUUAUGCACUCAAGAAUGCCUAGAAGGCAGACCAAAAAUGCCUUAUGUUCUACUAAUGCUCUCAACAAAUUCAUCAUCAAUACCUCCUCUAGGAAGACCUGCAUACCUGGGGGAUAUUGAUAAUGAGGUACAAAUGAACAUUGAAAAUGAGAGUUUUACACAUAAUUCCAUUUCAAUAUCGUUACAAGAUGGUAGGUAAUUAUAUAAUUGGUGCAUUUUAUAUUUAUGUACAUGUACUUUUAAGUGAUACUUUUUGAAAUACAAUUGUAAUGAGUAA